GAGUCUGAACAGGAACUAGAAGAUGAGGUGGAUAUACUGAUGAGCAGUGACAUCAUGGCUGCCCAGAUGUCCACCAAGAGAAUCACGUUCUCCAGAGCCCAGAGUGGCUGGCUCUUCAGGGAAGACAAAACAGAGAGGGUGGGGGAAUUCGAAGCUGAUUUCUAUGCAGUUAAUGGUUUGAUACUGGAUUCCAGAAAAAGGCGGGAGCAUCUAAGUCCUGAUGAUGUACAGAAAAACAAGGCUAUGAUGGAGAAUUUGACCAAAGGAAACUGGAAUAACUGUGAGUUUCAGAGACGCCCCUCCCUGCCUCCCCCCGAGGAAACUAAUGUAACGUGGGAUGAGUACAUCUCGGAGACUCCAGGAAACCCUCCAUGUCUAGGGCGACCCUGGACAGCGAAGGGAAGCACAAAGUCAUUCAAGGCCACUGUCGCAAUGAGCAAGAACUUUCCAAUGUCUAUUGAAGUACUGCUGGAUGUAUUGGAGGUUAUUGCCCCAUUCAAACAGUUCCAGAAAUUACGAGAAUUUAUGACAACUAAACUACCUGAUGGUUUUCCUGUAAAAAUAGAGAUCCCAGUGUUCCCCACGGUGACUGCUAAGGUGACCUUCACCUCGUUUGAAUGGCGAGAUGAUAUUGAUGAUUCCAUGUUUUUGAUUCCACCAAACUUCCGAGAAGAUCCGAACCGAUUCCCUGAUUUAUGACAGAUGAUGGACAUUAGUUUGAUAGACAUAUUCUCCAGCGUUAGAAAUGUACUGAUUAUCCAAAGCGAUGAAGAAGAGGCACUGGACUAUUUAGAAUUAGCGGUCGGAGUAGAGCUCCCUCUCACUAACUUAGGAAUCUCUAGUACAGAGAUGACCUUACUUUUCUAAAAUAUUUUAUAUAGACCUUCACCGAUGACCUUGCUUUUUCUAAAAAUUU